CAAUCCGCUGUUCUUGCGAAAAAAAAUUCGGAGCCAAGAUGCAGAUCUUCGUAAAGACACUUACAGGGAAGACCAUCACUCUCGAAGUCGAGAGCAGCGACACCAUCGACAAUGUCAAGGCGAAGAUCCAGGACAAGGAAGGAAUUCCACCGGACCAGCAACGUCUGAUCUUCGCCGGUAAGCAGCUCGAAGAUGGGCGUACCUUGGCGGAUUACAAUAUCCAGAAAGAAUCGACUCUUCAUUUGGUUCUGAGGCUUCGAGGAGGAAUCAUCGAGCCUUCUUUGAUGGCUUUGGCUCGUAAAUACAAUCAGGACAAGAUGAUUUGCCGCAAAUGUUAUGCCCGCCUGCAUCCAAGGGCUGUAAAUUGCCGGAAGAAGAAAUGUGGUCACAGCAAUCAGUUGAGGCCUAAGAAGAAGAUCAAGUAGACUCUUGAACUCCUUCAUGUUGUUUGGUUUAGGAGUAAAAUAUUAAGUGAGAUGAAUUUGAUUUUUGCCUUUUAAGAUUGGAAAGCAUUGUGGUAUUUGAACCAAGAAAACCAUUCUGUUGGAAAAUUAUAGUUGAUUAUUCAGUUGAAGCAAGCUGUAUUAAAUUUGAAGAUUAUUGGUUGUUGGUUUCA